AUGCGCCCCUGUACCGCCUCCUCAUGCUGCUGCCAGGCCUGUAAUCUGCCAUGGGCCCCCGUACCGACUCCUCAUGCUGCUGCCAGGCCCGUAAUCUGCCAUGGGCCCCUGUACCGCCUCCUCAUGCUGCUGCCAGGUCCAGAGUGUGUCAUGGGUCCCUGUACGGCCUCCCAUUGCUGCUGUCUCUAUCGCCACACUCUGCCAUGUGCCACUUUCAGGUCUCCUCACACUGCUGGUGGUUUCCAUUUUUGUCAUAGGGUGCUGUAUGGCCUCCCAUUGCUGCUGCCUCCACCGCCACACUGUGGCUCCACACUCUGGUUUUGGCCCCGUGACUGGCCAAAUGAGUGAAGUGUGCGGUGAUUCUAAGAUCGACGGCACUCAUCUGCAUGUCAUACUGACUGACAGUAUUAUUUCUCUUCCCCAGCAGACUCCAAGGGCAUUUAAAUUAAAGGUACAGUGUUCAGCACUAAUAUUA